UUGUGCUUUAGGAGUGGGGGGAGGCCUUAGGAUUGUAGCAAAGUGGGAGAGAGCGAGCCCAGGAGAAUUGAGGCUGGCUUGGACCUCUCCCAGUCUCCUGCCAGGGUGAAAGUCCAGUCCUAGAGACAGCUUGACCAACAGAAACACAUCUUGCUCCACUGCAGACUUAUGCCACAACGCGCCCCCCACCAAACAGACCAACAUCUGGCUGCUCUCUGCUGCCCCCUAGUGGAUACUUCUGCAUUCAGAUCCCUCUCUGGUUCUUUGGAGAAACUUUCCAGGCUGCAGAAGAUCUGCUCUCCUGUUGCAACUUUGGGUUUCCAAUGAAUUUGGCAGCUGUGGGGGCCAGAGGAAAUGCCCAGGUACUGCUGGCAUCUCUACGCGGUCCAGUGGGCAGCACUGGCUCUCCAAUGCGCAUGGCAGAGCACCCCAGGCAGUGACCCAGAGAUCCCUCUGCAUUACUAUGCUGACAACGUCAUCGACCUGCUGGAGGCACUCAACAUCACCCGCUCGGUCAUGGGGGUCACCAAGGCCAAGGGUCCUGAUCCAGGAGUGCCAGCCUGGAAGUUCCGCCAGCGGGUGCCCCACCUGACCCUGCCCUGGGACUACUCCAUCUACCUGCUCUCCACGGUGCAGGGGGCCCUUGGAUUCCACUUCGUGGCCCGCCAGAACCGUGGCUCUGAGGGGACCCUCAUCGCUCUGGUGUCCCCAGCUGCCACCAAACGGGACGGGCGGCCACUGCUGCAGCUGGUGUCCAGCACCCUGUCGGACCAGCUCCGCCUAGAGUACCGUGCUGUGCAUAACAUGGAACCCGCCUCCUUCGUCUUCCCUGGAGGCAACCCCUUUGCUCACAGCCGCUGGGCCCGGCUUGCCCUCAACCUGGAGCCCCAGUGCAUCUCGCUCUUCGUGGACUGCCAGGAGCCCAUCGUCUUCCAGAAGGGCCACGGAGAGGAGGUCCUGAGCCUCAUCCUGCCCCUUGAUCUGCAGAUCACCUUUGCCAGUUUGGCUGGAGACAAGGCCAGCAAGUUUCUGGGUUAUUGGCAGACGGCAGAAAUCUCGCCCAAUGGCUUCCCACACCGCCCUUGGCACUGUGAGAACCUGCCAGAUCCUGACCCACUUUCUCUGCCCUACAACAUGGUUGAAGAGCACUACCUGGGUCUGCCAGAGGAGCGUCUCUCCGAGCUGGAUUCUCCGCCAGCCUUCGAGCCGCUGGGCCUCACGGACAUCCGCCACUACCAGAGGGAGCCCAGUGAGUCCGACUUCCCACCACCGGUGGCAGCACAAUCUGGUCCGGUCAGCCCUGAAGAGAGGAUCCGGAGGCUGGAGGAGCUGGUGGAUGGGCUGGGCACCAUGUUGGACAUGGUGAAAGAGCAGAACUCCGACCUGCUGGGCCGUGUGAAGUCCCUGGAGGAGUGUGAGUGCCGCCGGCUGACGUGCUUUUGGGAGGGGCAGCGCUAUGAAGACGGCACUUCCUGGGACAAAGACCCAUGCACUGCCUGCAGGUGCGUCCGGGGCAAACCGGAGUGUUCCUUGCGACGUGACCGGCCACACUGCCUGGGCUGUGUGAAUGGGAAAAAGGAUGGGGAGACCUGGAAGCCAGAGCCCUGUCAGACCUGUCGAUGCGAGGCAGGCACUGUGGAAUGCCAAGAUGCUGAGUGUCCGGUGCUGUCAUGCCGGGAGCAGUACACGCCACCAGGGGAAUGUUGCCCUGUUUGCCAUCCAGGCUGCGAGUACGAAGGGCAGCGCUACCAGGACGGAGAUGUAUUUGUGGCCACAUCCAAUCCCUGUAUGAAUUGCUCCUGUCUGAGAAGCCUGGUCCGAUGCCACCCCAUGCAGUGCCCACCAAGCCGCUGCUCCAAGCCCAUCCCACAGCCAGGCCAGUGUUGCCCCACCUGCCCAGCUUGUGAGCUGGAUGGACAUCCCCUGGAGCCUGGACAGAAACGCACCUCCACUGAUGGCUGUCGCCACUGCUCCUGCUCUGAGGGAGAGCUGGUGUGCGUCCUAUUCCAGCCAUGCCCCAAGUCUUGUACCCAUGGACUGCCCCCAGCUGUUGGCUCCUGCUGUCCUGAUUGCACCCGCUGCCUUUUCCAUGGGCAGCUUGUCCCUAGUGGCAUCGAAAUUGCAGUCAAUGACCUUUGCGAACGCUGCACUUGUAAGGAUGGGAACAUUCUCUGCUCCAAGGUCAGUUGCCCCAAGUUGGACUGUACCACAACAGAGGAAAUCCCUGGACAAUGUUGCCACCGCUGCCAAGGCUGUAUGGACGGAACCACCCGGCGUGAACACAGUGAGGAGUGGGUGCCCCCCACAGACCCUUGCUUGAAGUGCAAAUGCUUGGAAGGCAAUGCUGUGUGCAAACGGAGGCAGUGUGCCAGUCUCUGCCGUCACCCAGCCCGCCCUCGCCCGGGGACCUGCUGCCCUGUCUGUGAUGGUUGCCUGUGGAAAGGGCGAGAGUAUCGCAGCGGAGAAACCGUGCAGAGCGGGGACCCCUGCCAGCGGUGCAUCUGUACGGCCGGGGAGGUCUUGUGUGAGCAUGUGGGUGUGAGCUGCCCCCCGGCCCCUUGCAGCCACCCGGGCAAAUCUCCAGGCCAGUGCUGCCCAGCCUGUGAUGCCUGUGAAUUUGAAAGACGUCUGUACCAGAACAGAGAGACCUUCACCCCUGCCGGGAGCAGCCCCUGCUUUCAGUGUACAUGUUCCGAUGGGCACGUCCGUUGCCAGGAGGAGCUCUGCCCCCCCACACCAUGCUCCCAGCCUGUCCAAGACCCUGAGCACUGCUGCCCAGUCUGCAAAGUGUGCAUUCUUGACGGUGUGGAGUUUGAAGAUGGUACAGAAUGGGAACCUGAGGGGGACCCCUGCAGCGUCUGUCUCUGCCUCCAGGGGGAGCCAGUCUGCAGUGCCACCGAGUGCCCACCUGUUCUCUGUCAACAUCCAGCACAGCUGCCAGGGACCUGCUGCCCAACCUGCCAGCAGUGCUCCUACAACCAGCGGCUCUACAGCAACGGGCAAGAGUUUGUCGACCCGGAUGGCCCUUGCCAGCAAUGCCGGUGCAUGGAUGGCACAGUGCACUGCUCCCCUGUCGUUUGUGCAACAGUGACAUGCGCCCAUCCAGAGAGGAGACCUGGAUUGUGCUGCCCAAAGUGUCCUGGUUGCGUUCAUGAGAGCCGGGUGGUGCCCGACGGAGAGGAGUUCCCCAACUCACUGAACCCCUGUCAGGCCUGUGUGUGCACUGCUGGGGAGGUCCACUGCACGGAGCGGAACUGUCCCGGAGCUCUGUGUGCCCACCCCCUGCCGGGCUCCUGCUGCCAGAGCAACUGCAAUGGCUGCAACUAUGCUGGGAAGGAGUACCCCAACGGGGCUGAGUUCCCCCACCCCACGGACAAGUGCCGGCAAUGCCACUGCAUCAAUGGCAAUGUGCAAUGCCUCUCCCGCCGCUGCCCCCCUCUGCUUUGCCCUGAGCCCUUCAAGACUCCUGGAGAAUGCUGCCCCUGGUGUCCAGCCCUGCCAGCCAGCUGCCUUUAUUUGGGCAUCUCCUACCAGCACAUGCAGCGGUUCUACGACCCGUCCGACAAGUGCCGGGACUGCAUCUGCAGCAACGGGACCAUCACCUGCCAGCGCCAACCCUGUGCGCCCACCCAGUGCUCGCACCCGCUGCAGCAAGACUGCUGCCGCUCCUGUGAUGGCUGCCUUUACCAUGGGAAGGAGCUCCCCAAUGGAGAGCAGUUUGCAGAUCCAAAGGACCCCUGCGGCGUCUGCUCCUGCUGGGAGGGGAGUGUCACCUGCAAGCCCAAGACCUGCCCCCCUCCAGAAUGCCCCUUCCCUCUGCCUGGGCCUUGCUGCAAAGUGUGUGAAGGUUGUGAGUACCUCUCUGAGCACUACCUGAAUGGCCAGGAAUUCUCUGACCCCCAGGACACUUGUGGCGUCUGCACCUGCCUCGAUGGAUUUGUCACCUGCACCAAGAAACCCUGCUACCAGGCCGGCUGCAGCUACCCAGUCAGGGUGCCUGGGCAGUGCUGCCCUGUGUGCCAUGGUUGCUCCUAUCAUGGUGUCACUGCUGGUAAUGGCCAGAGCUUCCCGGACCCCAAAGACUCCCUCUGCUCGCAGUGCACGUGCCGGGCUGGUUCUGUUCAGUGCCUGAGGAAGCUGUGUGCUCCGGCCCCCUGUGCCCAUCCUGUGCCAGGCCCAUGUGCCUGUUCUCUGUGCCAAGGCUGCAGUUUCCAGGGCCGCGAAUAUGGGGAUGGAGAGACCUUUGCUGCCCUCAAGAAGCCCUGUGAGGAAUGUCGCUGCCUGGCAGGUGAUGUGUCCUGUGGGCCCCGCCUGUGCCCCAUGCCACUCUGCCCUCACCCGUCACGUGACGCAUGUGGGUGCCCCACCUGUGACGCCUGCAGCUUCCACGGGCGAGACUGCCAGGAUGGCGAGCGCUUCCCAGACCCCCGGGACGCUUGCAGCCAAUGCAAGUGUUUGGGUGGCACCGUGACAUGCUUGCCUGCCCCCUGCCCCCCCACGCCUUGCCAGAAUCCAGCCACUCCACCUGGCCAAUGCUGUCCGAAGUGCACGGGCGCCUGCCGCUACCAAGGGCGGCUCUACAAGAGCGGGGAAGCCUUCAGUUCACCUCAGGAUGCUUGCCACACCUGUACUUGCCUGGCUGAAGUUGUAACAUGCCAGCCAAAGCCCUGCCCGCUGCAUUGCACACACCCGCUGCCCCUCGCGGCUCCUGCCUGCUGCCCAACGUGCGAGGGCUGCUUCUAUGAGGGCCAGAAGCAUGCCGACCGGCAGACCUUCACCCUGCCUUCCGGUCCCUGCCGGCUCUGCACCUGCCUCCGUGGCAACGUCGUCUGCACCCCGGUUGUCUGCCCCCAGGCGUUGUGUGCCAAUCCUGUCCGAAAACCUGGCCAGUGCUGCCCCAAGUGCCCAGUGUGCCAGCAUGCAGGCCAGGAAUACCCAGAAGGCUCACAGUGGCUUUCAUCUCUGGACCCUUGUCAGCAGUGUUCCUGUGUGCAUGGGGAAGCUUCCUGUAGACCAGUGCCCUGUGAAGACACAUUCUGUUCCCAUCCCGCUCCAGCGCCAGGGCAAUGUUGCCCUCUCUGCCAUGACUGCCUCUUUGAAGGACAGCGCUAUCCCCACGGAGAGGCCUUCAAGCCCGAGUCUUGUCUCCAGUGCACCUGCCAGGAUGGAAAUGUCCGCUGUGAGAUGAUCCAGUGCCCCCCGACAACCUGCUCUCACCCACUGACAGAGCCUGGGGUCUGCUGCCCUCGCUGCAAAGGCUGCACGUACGAGGGCCGGGAGCGGGCCGACGGCAGCAGCUGGCUCUCCUCCUCCGUGCCCUGCAUGGCCUGCAUGUGUGUGGACGGCGUCGCCACCUGUGCAGAGAUCGUCUGCGUGAGCUCCUGCCUCAAUCAGAUCGAAGUUCCUGGGGAGUGCUGCCCACUGUGUGCAGACUGCAGUUACGAGGGCCGUGUGUAUGGACCAGGUGAGAGUUUCCAGCCUGGACGGGAUCCCUGUGAACUCUGUACCUGUGAGCUGAUGUCAAACGGGAAGCAACAUCUGCAGUGCUACCGCAAGCAGUGCCCCAGCCUCUUGGACUGCCCCCGGGCACAGAUCCAGCCGCCUGGUCCCAGCCACUGCUGCCCAACCUGCGCUCAAGCCCUGAGCAACUGCACUCCCUCCCUGGGGGGCAACGAGGUUCACGCCACCGACGAGCCGUGCUACACGUGCCACUGCAAGGAUCUGACAUGGGUUUGUGUGCACCAAGGCUGCCCGCUGUUGAGCUGUCCAACUGCUGAGCAAUUCACCCCUCAUGGAGCCUGCUGCCCAAUCUGUGAUGAGUGCUUGAUUGAAGUUGAAGGGCGACGAGUGUCUGAUGGGGAGACCUGGAAGGACAGCGCAGACGGCUGCGUCUCCUGCUCAUGCCAUCUGGGUCAUAUUGAGUGCCACAUCCAGGAAUGUGUUCCUGUGGUGUGCCAGGAUGGGCUGGUGAAGGUGCAAGUGCCCGGACACUGCUGCGCUGAGUGCCAAGAUCCCGGCAGCAGCUGCUCCCACCAGGGCCAGACGUUCGGGUCCAACGAGCACUGGCAGGUGGACGAGUGCACGACCUGCACCUGCGUCUCCGGGGAGGUGCACUGCCGCAGCGAGCGCUGCCCCCCCACUGCCUGCGCGGCGGAUGAGACCCCAGCCUUGAUCCCUGGCAUGUGUUGCCCGCACUGCGUCCCCCGCCCUGCCACCUGUGUGGCCUUUGGCGACCCCCACUACCGCACCUUCGAUGGCAAGAUGGUCCACUUCCAGGGCGGCUGCACAUACAUCCUGGCCCAGGACUGCGAUGGGGGAGACUUCAGCAUCCAGGUGACCAACGAUGCCCGGGGGCGCCAGGGAGUGUCUUGGACGAAGGGAGUGACCGUGUCAGUCGGCGACACCACUGUGCAGCUGCUGCAGGACCGGGUGGUCAUGGUGGACUCCCAGACGGUGACCCUCCCUUUCCUGAAGGAGCCUCACCUGUACAUCGAGCUCAAGGCCAGCACCCUCCUGCUCAACACCAACAUUGGCGUCAAGGUGCUCUGGAAUGGCCGCUCCCACCUGGAGGUCAGCGUGCCCGGCACGUACAAAGGCCACACUUGCGGGCUCUGCGGCAACUUCAAUAACUACCCCCAGGACGACUUGCGGCUCCGGUCCGGGCAGCUCACCUUGUCAGAAGCCACCUUUGGCAACAGCUGGAAGGUGGUCGGGGCCAAUGCCACGGGGCCAGGCAGCUGUGCCGACGGGACCGACGUGGACCCCUGCAAGGAGUCGGGCUACCGUUCCCGCAAAGAGGCCAACGCCCGCUGCAAGGUGCUGAAGUCGCCGCCCUUUGAGCGCUGCCACGCCUCCGUCCCCCCCGAGCCCUUCUUCGCCUCCUGCGUGUACGACCUCUGCGCUUGCGGGGCCGCCAGCAGUGACGACUGCCUCUGUGAGGCCCUGGAAGCAUACGCGGCCCAGUGCCGCCACGCCGGCCUCGUGCUGCACUGGCGUUCACCGACACUCUGUGCUGUGGGCUGCCCCCAAGACCGGGGCUAUGUGUUCGAUGAGUGCGGGCCGCCUUGCCCCAAGACCUGUUUCAACCACGCCGUGCCGCUGGGCGUGAUGGAGUCGCACUGCUUUAAGCCCUGCAUCCCGGGUUGCCAGUGCCCUGCAGGGCUGGUGGAACACGAGGCUCACUGCAUCCUGCCCGAGGCCUGUCCGCGCGUCAUCUACGGCACCCUCUGAGCCGGGGCUGCCCUGGCUUGUUCUCAGGGAACCAUCCCGCUUUGCCCUCACACCAUCUGUGGAAGCCUGGAGGGGAUCUUUCCAGAUAUUCUGAAGGAACUUUCAGCUGCCAAGGAGCACCCACCCGCUCUGUCUAAGGAAAUCAGUGGCACACCAGCAAGUGUGCUACGCAGGGGCAGAAUCUGCUCUCUGGCAUGCCGUCCUACAUCCCAAGGAUCUCAGCUUUCAUCUACAAACAUGACUCUAGUCCUUAGGAGGGAGCCUCAAAUGGAAACAGCAUCAUUCCAUGCCCAAAUAUUCCAAAACUAGCCGGAAGCUUGAAUCACAAAACCAGAAUAAAUUAUGCAAAGCCAA